AUGUCUAUCGCCCACACUGCUGGCGAGUACAUGCUCUCAGAUGCAUUGCUUCCAGACCCUAAAGGCUCCAGGGCAAAGGGGCUUCGCUUGGAGUUAUCGUGUGACCGCAUUGUGAAGUUUGUCACAGUGGGCUUACCGCUCUUCCUGGUGUCCCUGGCAUUUGCACGGGAAUUUUCCGCUGGCUCCCAAAUCAGCUGCUUUUCUCCUGGCAACUUCACAGGGAAGCAGUCUGCCUACGUUGACGCCAUAUGCUGGGAUUCCUUGCUUCACUUUGAAUCAGAUGCUACAGGAGACUCAAGAUCCAGUUUCUUCUGGGUCCUCAAGGUCUUUCCAUAUUCCUUGCUGGUUAUUGCAGUCGCCAUGUAUCUACCCUACCUGCUCUGGAGAUACGCUGCUGCCCCGUCACUCAACUGUGACCUGUUCUUCAUCAUUGAUGAACUGGAUAAAUCCUACAACCGUUCCAUCCGCUUGGUGCAGCACAUGGUGAAACUGCAGCAGGCCGGCACUGAUCCUGAGGAAUUAUGGGAAGAAUAUGACAAGGCUCGCAGUGAACGCUACUUUGAGUUCCCUCUGUUGGAGAGGUACCUGACUUGCAAGCAGCACUCCUACUACCUUGUCAGCAUCUACGUGUUGAGGAACCUCCUCCUCCUGUUUCUCCUGGCAGCCACCUGCCUCUACUUGGCAUACUGCCACGCGGGUGUGUUUUUCAAAGACGAGUUCAGCUGUCCAAUAAAAGCAGGACUCCUCAAAGAUGAGCCUCACAUCCCAGACUUUGUUCCUUGCAAGCUGGUUUUCUUCUCCGUCUUCCAGUUGACCAGCAUCUGCCUUGGAGGAGUGUAUGUCCUCCUGGGGCCAGUCCUAAUCUACCACAUGCUCCAGCUGUGUCAGUGGGACAAGCGGCUUCUGGCCAUUUAUGAGAUGCUCCCGGCUUUUGACCUGCUCAGCAGAAAAAUGCUGACCUGUCCUCUGAAUGACCUGAACAUCAUAUUACUGUUCCUGCGGGCCAAUAUCUCUGAAGUCAAGUCCUUUAGCAGGUUGAGCGUGCUCUGCACCCUGAGGGAUGUCACUGCAGACAAAGAGAACAUUGACACUGUCGUAGAUUUCAUGACCCUCCUUGCUGGCCUGGAGAUGUCCAAGCCUAAACACAAUUUUUGCUCAUCAGGCACGGAUGGAAACUCUCCUCAUUCCAACAGUGAAUUUGUGGCGUACACUCAGCUGUUCCUCAAAUGA